AGUCACGUGACAGGUUAUGCCGGUUAAACUUCCUGUUGUCACUUCAGUUGUUUAUUGUUUGUUUUUGCUGUAACAUAUCCUUUAACUGUUUUUUGCAACAGGUCGGGAGUGCAGUUUACAUGACAGGCACAUAUUUUCGCUGGCUAAACGAACCACAAGUGUCAAACUGAUUCGGAAACAAACCCGUCACCUGUUUAAAGCCAAUUGUCAGCUCAUGCUAGUUGUUGCUAACGUUAGCCAGCCGUCGUAUGUACCGAGAGUGACAGCUGUGAAAACGGAUGUGUCUUUAGGGUUUUGCUUUUCUUCCAUCAGCUUGAACCGGCGAGUUUCACCCCGAGGAAAGCCCAGUAGGUUUUGCUCGCACCAUGGCCAUUCAGCUUUCAGCACAAUGCGUCUCCUCUCUGAGGAAAGCUGGAAACCUUAUUCAUUUAAGAACUGCUGCUCUGGGCGUCGAGAAGAGAAACUACAGCAGCAGAAAAGCCUCUGCUGAGUACCUGCACCGGAGUGUUGUACCGUCCAUGCAUUACCAGAAGAGUUUACCCAGGCUACCAGUACCUAAACUGGAGGAUACUAUCAGGAGGUAUUUAGCUGCCCAGAAGCCUCUGUUGGACGAUGAGCAGUUCAGAACAACAGAGAAACUCGCACAGGAUUUCCAGAAUGGUGUGGGGAAACAGCUGCAUGAGGAACUGGUGGCUCAGGACAAAAACAAUAAGCACACAAGCUACAUCUCAGGACCAUGGUUUGACAUGUAUCUGUCUGCACGCGACUCCGUGGUGCUGAACUUCAACCCCUUCAUGUCCUUCAAUCCUGACCCAAACACGGAGUACAAUGACCAGCUGGUGCGGGCGACCAAUGUGGUGUGUUCAGCAGUGCGCUUCAUGAAAACACUGCGAGCUGGAAUACUGGAGCCAGAGGUCUUCCACCUCAACCCGGCAAAGAGCGACACAGACGGCUUCAAGAAGUUGAUCCGCUGGGUCCCGUCCUCCCUGUCCUGGUAUGGGGCUUACAUGGUGAAUGCGUACCCCCUGGACAUGUCUCAGUACUUUCGCCUCUUCAACUCAACUCGGAUUCCCAAGCGUGGGCGAGACGAGCUCUUCACUGAUGACAAAGAGCGACACUUGCUAGUUAUGAGGAAAGGCAACAUGUAUGUGUUUGACAUUGUAGACAGGGACGGGAAUUUGGUGAAGCCUGCAGAGAUCCAGUCCCACCUGAAGUACAUUUUGUCCGAUCCGACACCUGCGCCUGCCUUUCCUCUCGGGGUCCUGACCAGUGAGAACAGAGACGUGUGGGCCGGGCUGAGGGACAAGCUGAUAGCUGCUGGAAACGCAGAGGAUUUACGGGUUGUUGACAGCGCCCUUUUCUGCCUCUGCCUGGACGAUGAAAGCAUGAAGGACCACAUUCACAUCUCCCACAACAUGCUGCACGGCGACGGCUGCAACCGGUGGUACGACAAGUCCUUCAGCGUCAUUCUGGCCAAAGAUGAACAGGCGACCAUCAAUUUUGAGCACUCCUGGGGUGACGGCGUGGCUGUGCUUCGCUUCCAGAAUGAGAUCUUCAAAGACACAACGGAGCAGCCGCUGGUACACCCGGGCUCCGCUGCCGCUGCUGUGGAUUCAGCCUCUGCUGUGCGCAGGCUGCAGUUCAACCUGGAUGGCGAGCUGGAGACUGGCAUCAAAAAGGCCAAGGAGAACUUUGAUUCAGCCGUGUCGAAACUCACCAUUGAUGCCAUGGAGUUCAAGAAAGGUGGGAAAGAACAGUUGAAGAAGAGUAGGUUGAGUCCAGAUGCGAUAGCCCAGCUGGCUUUUCAGAUGGGCUUCCUGAGGCAGUAUGGACAGACGGUGGCCACGUACGAGUCCUGCAGCACUGCGGCGUUCAAGCAUGGCCGCACGGAGACCAUCCGCCCUGCCACCAUACACACAAAACGAUGUUCACAUGCCUUUGUCUGCCAGCCUGGCCAACACAGUGUGGAGCAACUGAAGGCCAUGCUCAGUGAAUGCUCUAAAUAUCACGGGCAGCUCACCAAGGAAGCAGCUAUGGGCCAAGGUUUUGACCGUCACCUGUUUGCCCUGCGAUACCUGGCCAAUUCAAAUGGCCAGGCUCUGCACAGCCUGUACACGGACCCAGCUUACACUGCCAUCAACCACAACAUCCUCUCCACCAGCACCCUCACCAGUCCAGCCGUGAGCCUGGGUGGCUUCGCCCCAGUGGUGGCCGAUGGGUUCGGUGUCGGCUACGGCGUCCACGACGACUGGAUCGGCUGCAACGUGUCCAGCUACCCGGCUCGCAACGUCCACGAAUUCCUGCAGUGUGUGCACAAGUCUUUAGAGGACAUUUUUACUGUCCUGGAAGGAAAGUCACUCAGCUAAGAAACAAGUGUCUGUGAUUACCAAAGAGGAAAAAACUAACUGCAUAACAGUGAAGGUGUGGUCAUCAUUCUCAGCUCCCAGCUGUUCUGGGCAAACCAUGAAGAUUGUGAGAUGAAUAAUUUAAUUUUAUACUCCUACAAAGAAACAUGGAGAAUCACAGUGAUUAGAUAUAAUUAUUUUUAGGAAUGGUUAAAUGGUUAGGAAUAUGGGUUUGGAUAUUGUCUGUUUGACUGCAGACUAAAGUCAUAACACUUGUUGUAUAAUGAAAACCACAUCAGAUAUAGAAAAAUGUUUAGUUUUCCACUUUAUCUGAUUCAGUCCACUGACUUUGCAAGAGUCUGUUUUACAGCCCUGUCCAUUGUACAGUUUGCUGUAGAAGUGUAAGCAGUGGUUUUAGAAUUACAUAAUACAGGGACAGCUAAGAUUGGGAGUGCUGGUCAUAUUAUUUAUGCAGUAUAGAUUAACGAUACAGACAGUAUGGAGUCCUGUGAGACUCCAGAGAUUCUGUGCCUUACCAAAAUGUGAUUUUUACUGAGCAUUUGCUGAUUGUCACUGUUAUAACUUCACUAAUAAUGAUCAGUUUAUCAUUUACAGCUGUAUUGAUGUGUUCAAAAGCCUUUUGAAAUAAAACUUAAUUUAAUUGCA